CGCACGCACAGUGAAAGUCAGUCGCGGGGACAUGAAGGCACGAAGAGGCGAACGCGUGAAGACAUGAAGACAUGGACUUGCUAGUGUGCGCGGUGUUGAUUGUAUUUGUGCGCGUCUCUGCCGUCAGCGGCCGCAGCGCAGAUUCGCUCCAUGAAGUUUUGUCCAAGUUCAGCGUGGUUCGUCCCAUCCGGACCGACUCGCGUGGCCGUUUCCUGUCGGCGGCGCUCUCCCCUGACUCGCCGCACCGCGGCAAACGCCACGCCCCCGGGAGUGAGGCCUCGCCCACGUCCGAGUCGGAGGUCUUCUACAAUGUGACGGUGUUCGGACGGGAGCUGCACCUGCGGCUGCGUGCCAACCGCCGCCUGCUGGCCCCCCGCGCCACCGUGGACCGCUGGGAGGAGUCGGGCCUCGGGCGCUCGGAGCCCAUCGGAGACGCCGGUUGCUUCUACGUGGGGGGCGUGUCCAACAUGGAGGACGCGGCCGUCGCCCUCAGCAACUGCGACGGACUGGCCGGGAUGAUCCGAACGGCCGAGGAGGACUUUUUCAUUGAGCCGCUGCGUCGCUCGGGGCCGAGAGGCCACGGUGAAGAUGACGAAGGAGGACGGCCGCACGUCGUUUACCCGUCGUCCGCCGUCAUCAAGUCCAAACAACGGGCGGUCAACCGAACCGCUGACUUUCUGCGAGGUGGGAAGAAAUCGGCCGGUCGCGCGAUGACUGAUCCGAUCAAGAUUUUGACCGUCUCUUCAGAGCCUCUCUCGGGUUCCUCGGAUCCGCCGACGUCCAAGUCUGCCUCGGGCCGGCGGCGGCGCUACAUCGAAGAGGCGGAUGUGUUCAACAUCGAGGUCCUGCUCGCCGUGGAUUAUUCCGUACUUCUUUUCCACGGACAAGAACACGUCCAGAACUAUCUGCUCACCUUUAUGAACAUCGUUAACCAAAUCUAUCAGGAUCCGUCCCUGGGCGCCAACAUCAACGUGGUCCUGGUGCGAAUCAUCAUGCUGUCUCCGUCCAAGUCCCAGGAGCUGAUCUCAGUGGGCAAUGCCCAGAGAAGCUUGGAGAACGUCUGCGGCUGGUCUUACAUCCAGCAGAGGGAGCAAAGCCCCAACCAGCAGCACGACCACCUGGUCUACUUGAGCAGACGCGAGUUCGGACCCUCCGGCAUGCUGGGCUACGCUCCCGUCACAGGAAUGUGUAAGAUGCACCAGAGCUGCGUUCUGGUCUUCGAGGACGGCUUCUCGUCGGCCUUCGUGGCAGCGCACGAAAUCGGACACGUGUUGGGCAUGGAGCACGACGGAGAGGCCAACGAGUGCGACCAUGACGUGUCCCUGGGCAGCAUCAUGUCGCCGCAAGUGGAGGCCACGUUCUACCGCUACCACUGGUCCAGGUGCAGCUGGAGUGAGCUGCACAAGUACCUCCCCGCGUACGACUGUCUCCGAGAUGACCCCUUCAGCCCCGGCUGGCCCAUCCCGCCCCUUUUACCGGGCUUUGAGUACUCCAUGGAGCAGCAGUGCAGCUUUGACUUUGGUCCAGGAUACGGAACUUGUAACGCCUAUCCCAACUCGCAGCCUUGCCAGCAGCUGUGGUGCAGCGACAACAACCAUCCUUUGUUCUGCAGAUCCAAGAAAGGUCCGCCUCUGGACGGGACGCCGUGCGGACCCGGCAUGCACUGCUUCAAAGGAUUCUGCAUCACGCUGACGGCCAACCUCCUGAGACAGGACGGCGGCUGGAGCUCGUGGAGCGCCUACAGCGACUGCUCCAGGACCUGCGGGGUCGGCGUCCGGAUCCGCUCCAGGAACUGCGACAGCCCACCGCCGGCCAACGGGGGGCGCACCUGCUUUGGAAACAGUUUCGAGUUCCAACUGUGCAACCAACAACACCAAUGUCCCCCCAUGACUGACUUCAGGGCGGAGCAGUGCAGCGCCUUGGAUGACCUUUUUGAGCACGAGGGAAAAAAACAUCACUGGCUGCCCGUGGAACAUGCCGACCCGGACGAGCGAUGCAAUCUGUUCUGUCGCUCCAACGAGACGGGGGCCCCGGUUUUCAUGAAGAGAGCGGCACGCGACGGGACGCUGUGCUCUUACGACGACGCCUUCAGCGUGUGCGUGCGAGGAGAGUGUGAGCACGUGGGCUGCGACGGCGAGAUCGCGUCGGACCGCCAGGAAGACCGAUGCGGGGUGUGCGGCGGCGAUCACUCCCGCUGUCGCGUGGUCAAAGGAAACUUCACCCGCAGUGCCAACAAAACAGGUUACCUGAAGAUCCUGGAGAUUCCUCGAGGGGCCCGACACCUCCUGGUGCAGGAGUUCAGGAGGACCCCCCACGUCCUCGCGGCAAUGAACCAGGAGAGCGGUCGCCUCUUCCUGAACGAGGAGGACGCCGCGCCGACGUCCCGCAUCCUGGUGGAGAUGGGCGUGGCCUGGCACUACACCCACAACCAGGCGCGGGAGGUGUUGCAGGCCGAGGGGCCGCUCAAGUACGCCGUGGUCCUCAUGCUUCGAACCCACGGCCACGCCAAGGUGACGGUAUCCUACAAGUACGUGAUCCAGGACCACCUGCGCUCUUCGCUGGAGUCCAACCUGGUGCAGGAGGAUGCCGUCUUUUAUGAGUGGGCGCUCAAGCAGUGGUCCGCGUGCUCCAAGUCGUGCGGCGGAGGGAAACAGUACACCCGCUUCGGAUGCCGACGGAAGGCCGACGGGGUGAUGGUUCAGAGAACCUUCUGCUCCAACAUCAGCAAACCUCGAGCCAUCACGCGCAGCUGCAACCCGGACGUCUGCAGCCCGCCACGUUGGAUGACCGGCGGCUGGGAGGCCUGCAGCGCCUCCUGCGGACAAAGCGGGUGGCAGCGUCGCUGGGUGGGCUGCCAGCUGGUCUCCGUUGGCGGGCGGCGGCUUUCCGUCAACAGCGAAUUCUGCCAGGAGCGCCGACCGGACGCCAAGCGGCCCUGCAACCGCUCGCCGUGCCCGGCGGCGUGGCGGGCCGGCCCCUGGACGCCGUGUUCCGUCACCUGCGGCAACGGCACGCAGGAAAGGCAGGUGGCCUGCGUCCGCCCCGAGGGCUCUUUGGGGAACUGCAGCUCGGUCCCGCCCGUCUCCGGCCGCGCGUGCCGAGCGCCACCCUGCGGCGGCGACCCGAAGAACUUCACGGUCCGAUGGCUGUCCAGAUCCAACGCGGACGUCCCGCCGGCAAAGACCGCCUCAAGGCAGCGUUGCCGCGGCGACCGCUCGGCCUUUUGCCGCAUGGAAUCUCUCAGUGGCAACUGCGCCAACGCCGGUUACAGACAAAUGUGCUGCAAGUCCUGCGGCAACUUCAGCGUGUCCACCACAGGAAUGCCGCAGCCGAGCCCCUCCCCCGGCAGCGGUGCUGGGACCACGACUCCGCCCCCCGGCACCACCGACUUUAUUUACGUGGAUUACGACGACGACGAGCAGCAUUCGGCCUCCCAGAACGCCGCCGAACUCAUGGCUCCUACGCCCGUGCCGCCAUCUUUCCUCGCCGAGCCCACGCCCACUGUUGCUCUGGCGUCCUCCGUCGCCACGGUAACUCCCACCGGCCAAGCGGCGCCGACUGCCUCGCUUAGGACGGCUGUCGUCACCCCCGGCGAGAGGAGCCCCGCCGUGGGCCAACGUACGUCUUCCUUUCCGCCAACAUCUCCGAAGAUGGCGAAGGACCCGGGGGCCGAGGUUUCCUACGGCAUCGUGGGGCUGGACGCCGAUGGGACGAGGGGCCCGCAGAGCCAUUUUGUGCCCCGGGUGCCCCCGGUCCGGGAGCGGACGCAAAACAAACGCAUCCAGCAGCUUCUGAACGAGAAGCUGCGGAGGCCUGGACGCCGCCGGAAACACGGCGCCUUAUAGGACGCGUUGUUUCUGUUUGGGUUCCUUGUAGGCUGGAGAGUAGCCCACUUUCGGCGGGCUUGUUUGUGUGAGUCCAAUAAAGCAAAGUCUGAAAUA